UUUUCCCAAUAAAGUUUGAAUGAAAAUUCUCAGCCCCUCUAACCCAAACAAACUCCACCAACGCACUCCAUUUCUUCUUCUCUCUUUCUGUAUCGAACAACGAAAUAGUCACCACAACCCUAACUUUCACCUCCAUUUUUUCCGGUCAAUAUUGCCGGGAAAAUUUCCCAACCAUCCACAUCUUUCUCCCUAUCUGAUGCUUUCCCACUCUGGCCUUCCCUCUCCUGAAACCCUCACCAACAAUAAAAAGCACAAUAAACCCCCGGAAUUGAUAUCGCUCAAAUCUAACUCACUCAACUCAGUCCUCCUACCCUCUAACCAUCCCCGAACAUGCCUCCUCUUCGUAAUUCUCUCUGUCCAGGUUAUCCUCCUUCUCACUAUUCGUUCCCUUCCUUUUCCUCGCCAUCACUUUGCCCCUCCGUACGACGCCACUGCUUCGGUCCAAAUCGCCACCGACAAGGAAGAGCAAUGCUGUUCCGGUCGGAUCUUCGUCUACGACUUGCCUGAGACUUUGAACAGGGAGAUUCUCGCCAGCUGUGAUAACUUGAAUCCAUGGAGCUCUAGGUGCGACGCUUUGUCGAACCAAGGGUUUGGCCAACGAGCCACCGCGUUAUCGGGACUCGUGCCGGGGAACCUGGCCCCGGCGUGGUACUGGACUGACCAGUUUGUUUCGGAGGUUGUUUUCCAUAAUCGGAUCAUGAACCAUAAGUGUCGGGUCAUGGAGCCCGAAUCCGCUACGGCGUUUUACAUACCGUUUUACGCUGGUCUCGCCGUGGGGAAAUAUCUUUGGUCUAAUACCAGCACUGCCAAGGACCGCGAUCACCAUUGCGAGAUGAUGCUGAGGUGGCUCCAGGAUCAGCCGUAUUAUCAGCGAUCAAAGGGCUGGGACCAUUUCAUCACGAUGGGUCGGAUCACGUGGGAUUUCAGGCGGUCCAAGGACAAAGAUUGGGGUUCGAGCUGCAUUUACUUGCCAGGGAUGCGUAACAUCACGCGUCUUCUGAUUGAGCGUAACCCGUGGGACUAUUUCGACAUUGGUGUCCCUUACCCCACCGGAUUCCACCCCAGAUCAGACUCCGACGUUGUCGAAUGGCAGAGCUUCGUCCGUAACCGUAAACGGACCACUCUUUUCUCCUUCGCUGGGGCGACACGAGGCGCAAUCAGGAACGAUUUCCGGGGACUGCUACUGAGUCACUGCAAGAGCGAGUCGGCCGCGUGCCGAGUUGUGAACUGUGCCGGCUCGCGUUGCUCGAACGGCACGUCUGCGAUUCUCGAAGGGUUUCUGGACUCGGAGUUUUGCCUUCAGCCGAGGGGUGAUAGCUUCACCCGCAGGUCAAUUUUCGACUGCAUGGUGGCCGGUUCAAUCCCGGUUUUUUUCUGGAAACGAACAGCUUAUUUUCAGUACGAGUGGUUCUUACCAAGUGAACCGGAAAGUUACUCGGUUUACAUAGACCGAAACGCGGUAAAAAAUGGCACAUCUUCGGUAAGGCAAGUCCUCGAAAAGUACAGUAAAGAAGAGGUCAGUAAAAUGAGGGAAAAAGUCAUUGAAUACAUCCCCAAAUUUCUAUACGCCGAACCCCGAGAAGGUUUGGAGACCGUUAAAGACGCAUUUGACAUCGCCAUUGAUGGUGUCUUCAGAAGGUUUAAGGAGCAAGAGGAGUGGGGAUACAAGUGGAAAUGAAGUAAAAACGACAGUGGGUAAAAUUUGAUGUAGUAAAAUUUAUUUCCCAACAUUCAUUUUGUGUCAGAAAAUUUGGGUAGAAGCUUUAUGGAGAGGCAGUUACUGGUUGUUACGGUUUGGAAAGACAAGAAGAGAAACUAAAUGUGCGAGUAUAUGAUUUUUUUUUCUUUUGUAUACAAUUACUGAAAGUUCUUAGUUACUACUUCAUAUUCUUUUGGUGAAGAUUUAGUACCAUAUAGUGUUUUAUGUUUUGGAAAAAUAAGUGAUGGGUACUAUACUACAAGACAUCUACAAUGAAGGAAGCUGGACCACUUAAUGCUGUGGUCCAUAGAAGUUGUUCAUUGUAUUGGAACUGGACACAAUAAUGUCUAAUUAUGUGAAGAUAUGGGCAUAAUUGUUAAGAUGCUGUAUCAUCAAGAUUAUAAUGUUGUGAUGAAGUAUGAGGAGGAAAAUGAAUAAUGAUGAUUCCCCCUAUUAUGUGUUUUAUGAAUUCAAAGGCCUUUUUGGGUA